AUGUAUCGCUUGAAAAUUGACGGUUCGGUCAAGUUAACUGACAUUCUGGCUGUGGAAGCUCCUGGUCCGCUGACCGUCAGUCUGAUUGAUAACCUGAUUCUAGUACAUCAUCAGACACAAAUGGUUACCUAUGUCUAUGAUAUUGCAGUACGUGGCAAGCAAUCCACAUUGAAAGCAUUUGUGCACAAACCUGUCAUCCAGCCGGCUCAAUCGAUUGCCCCUCUGUCUCUGGCUUCCAACAGUUGUCUUUGGACUAUCCAGUUAGACAACAAGGCUGCGGCGCAAUUAAUUCCCGAUCGAGUGCAUGCGGUCGAUUUCUUGCUCAACCGAUCCACCGCCAAGGAGGUUCUUCUGGACUAUUGUGCCAACCUCUCGGUGCUCUCGUGCGCAGAAGCAGCAAACAGUGUCUCAAAUGGAUGUACUUACCAGUUCCACGGGGACGGAUUGAGUUCGAGAUUGGAUGAAUUUUCCAGUAUUUUCAAACGAUUUUGUGAAAUUUUUCAUCAAUCCGAACGGCGCAAGAUAUCCGUAGUUAGUGGAAGUUUUUCCGUGACCCCGGAAGACGGAGCGUCCCGUAUCCCAUCGCUGCCUCGAAAAAGAUGCAAUUUGCUCACCCCAUUCUCAUUGCGCGAUGAAUCAUAUAGCCUGUUUAGCAUUGCCACGUUUUUUCCCGAUUCUGUAUAG